AUGGCGCGUUCUUUGUUACUUACAGCCCUAAGUCUUGGCGCCGCGGCGCUCCCCGCCUCGUCGGGUUCCAGCAACAUCAAAAAUAUCGUCGUCUUGGUGCAGGAAAAUCUGUCUUUUGACCACUUCGCUGGCGGUCUAGACUACGAUCCUAGCAUUGAUGGCCCGCAGAACCCUCAAUACUGCAACCCGGCCGAUGUCUCUCUGCCAGACUCUCCCCAAGUCUGCGCCAACCCUAUCGCAAAGAACAUCGCCUCCGAUGACCCAAACCACAGUAUUUCGGGUGGUAACAUGCAAGUCUUCGGCACCUACCACCCCGUCUCAGGAGCCCAACCAGACAUGAACGGGUUCAUCAGCGAGCAGCGCGCCUCCUACCCAAAAGAUGACCUGGCGCGAGCAGCCGAAGCGAUCAACUACUUCACACCAGACCACAUCCCAGUCUUCAACAGCCUAGCACAAAACUACGUCCUCUUCGACAGAUGGUUCGCCGCCGUUCCCGGCCCCACAAACCCAAACCGAGCCUACCUCACCUCGGGCACAUCGCAUGGCCACGGCAAAAACGACGACGAUUUCCUAAAGUCAGCCCUACCCCAAAAGUCAAUCUUUGAACAACUCUCGGAGAAAGGCAUCACAUGGAAGAACUACGAAAACUCAACCCAAUCCAGUCCAGCCUUCCUGCCCGACGCCCUAUUCUACGACUGGACAGCCAAAAACGCAAAGGACAACGUCCUCCCCAUCGACCAAUUCUACACAGACGCCAAGGCAGGCAACCUCCCCCAAUUCACAUGGAUCAACCCCGAAUGCUGCAAUUACAUGUCCAUGCACCCUCCCUCACCCAUAAACAUGGGCGAGAACUUCGUCAAGGGCAUCUACGAAGCAGUUCGUAACUCACCGCAGUGGAACGAGACCCUCUUCAUUCUGACCUGGGAUGAACACGGCGGGUUCGCGGACCAUGUUUCGCCCCCCACGGAUGUCCCGGCUGGUGAUAGUCUUACUUAUACUGAGGCUGCCGGUGAUGGCGAGCAGUAUACUUUCCACUUUGAUCGUCUUGGUGUGCGUGUUCCUACUGUGCUUAUCUCGCCUUGGGUGGAGAAGGGGGUUGUGCAACAUGCCCCUGAUGGCGGUAAUGAAUUUACGCAUACCUCGAUUAUUAAGUUUGUGUCGGAGCUUUGGGGGUUGGAUUCCCUUUCGCCGAGGGUUGAUUGGUCGCCUUCUUUUGGGGGGUUGCUCACUAAUAGUUUCCGUGAUGAUACUCCUGAGAGGUUGCCUGAUGCUGCCGACUUUUAG